AUGUUGAUGCGGAUCAGUUCGCAAGAAGCGGGUCACCAUGCCUUCUGGGGGACUCAAUCACGUUGGGGAGGAUUGCAGCUGAAAAGGAAAGGCAAUCGAAUCGGAAGGUUCGAUCCUGCCGCUCACCUGUCGCUCAGGCGGGAGUUUGCCACGAGGAAGAGGCAAACUCUGUGCAGCUCGGAGGGAUCGCUUGUUGUAUUCCACGGUCGAGACAAUAAUCCGAAUCAGAGUGCAGGACACGGCACGCAUAAAUACUCUGAUCCUUGCUGGAGCAUGUGGUUGACCCCUGUCAGAGUCAACCAGUGUAGGGAUAUCCCCUGCACUGGGUUUGACAGCUUACGUGCCCGGCAGACGGUGGAGAUGCAUCAGCUCCCAUUUGGUGGCGCUGCAGCUGGGGUUGGUCUCAACUCAGCCACAGUCCGCGUUGGGGCUGAAGGAGGCAACCAACUGUGUUGUCAACACGGACAUGCCGAGACGCCGGCGAGAUUUAAAUCUGAUCGCAUCCCCACACUCUCUGGGCAGUUCCAUAAUUCGGAAGUAAUCAUAGGGGCCUGA